AUGGCUGACGUCGACGAGCUGGCACGUCCUAAGGACAGCCAGAAGAUCGUCCAAAGAAAUGCAGCCAUGUCAGCGUAUGAGCAGGAGGAUGCAGAAGCACCCCAAGGUGCAAGCGUCAAGUUGAACUCCGUGAAGCUUCCCCAGGAAGCCUUGCCUGUGACGAAGGCAAGUUCCGAAGGUGGCCCGCGAGCGGGGCGGAAGCCCUGGUCCUUCAAGAGAAGCGGCAGUGAACGCAUGGAGGUGUCCGCCACAAGCCCAAGCAGCCCAAGCAGCCCAAGCAGCCCAGCGAGUGCAGCGAGCCCAAGUACCACAGAGCAGGGACGAGGAGCAUUCAGACGGCGGCUGCCUUGGCAGCGCAAAGCGGAUCAAAGCGACAAGGAUCCAGCCGAUGCAGAGGGGAAGUCAGCCAUAGCAGGGGCAAGCUCUCCAUUGAAGCAGGAUCCAGUCGACGCAGGGCUGCCACCUGUGACAACUUUUAGUGGCGCCACAUCUCCGGUGAAGCAGGAUCCAGUCGAUGCAGCAGCACCGCCUACGGUAACCAUUCAUGAGGAUCCAAUCGAUGCCGGGUUACAUUCUGCGACAACUUCUGGUGGGGCCACAUCUCCGUUGAAGCGCGCUUGCGAGCCAGCCGAUGCAGAACCAGUGCCUGCGACAACUCGUGUGGUACAACCCGGUACAUCUACUCGCAGGUCGACAUCUUCGAAGCAGGUAUCAUCUGCGACGACAGCUCGUGGUUCAACUCCUUUACUGAAUCAGGAGACCUCUUCAGUGCAGCAGGACCCAGGCGAUGCAGAACUUGCAUCACCUGCGGCAGCUAGGGAAGCCUCUCCGUUCAAGGAGCCAGCCGAUGCAACUGCCACGGCAACCUCUCCCUUGAAGCAGGCUGAUCGAUCGGAAGAGGAGGAGGGCCGCGGCCAGGGCCUACCGCUACCGUCUUUGCCAUUGCAGCUCGAGCGGUCCGGAGAGGACGGGCUCGAUGGGGGUAGAUCGCGAAGUCCGAGCUGGAGGAAGCUGCGAAUUCGAGAGAAGCAGCAGCGAAUCCGCCGGAGGCCAGGGUCCACGAGCCCCUUCGAGUCGCUUUCGAGCCGCCGGCGGAGGUCCCCUGAGAGCCCGCAGAGCGCGGCAAGCAAUGCGAGCGAGGCGAGUCCGAGUGGCGGACGUUGGACAGGAGUGCCGGCGAAGGCUUCCUACCCCAACUUAUCAGGUCUGCGUGUGCAGAAGCCGAGGCUCAAGGACCUCCGGGAAGCCCGCCGAGCGCAGGAGGCAGCGGAACGGGCAAGCAGCCGGACUCUGCCAGGCUCGGUCCUGUCCCCCACGAAGCAGGGCCCAAUCUGGCACAGAUUGCACCAACUGCACAAGGAGCUGAACGACAAACGCACAGAGAUGGUGGAGAGAUCCUUGAAGCAGGCCGAAGAUCGCGAGAGGUCUCUUAGAUCGGAGCACAAGCCAAGGCAAGCCGCUCCUGCAGAGGUGCAGCUCAUCGCCUCCAAGCUCCACUCGCAACACCAAGAGCGGCAGGAGAAGCGCCAGGCGGCCUUGCAGGAGAACGAGAAGCUUCUUGCCCGGAUCUACAGCUUUGCACCGAGUCUUUCGCCAAAGACAAGGGAGCUGGUGGAGUCUCAGGGCCGGAGUGAGCGCUUCUCAGUUCUGUACGAAGACCAUCGGCGCAGGAUGGCCUUAAGGGAGGAGAUCAUGAAGAAGAAGGACUUGGAAGAGCAGCGGCAAAUUUCAGAGAACAGAUUUCACAAGGUGGAGAGAAAAGUGGCGCUCGACGCCAUUGAAAAGCUUCACACAGAUGCGCAGCUGCGGGCACAGCGGAUCAACGAGCAGCGUGAGCAGAAGCUGCAGCAAGAGUUGAAGGAGCUGGAGGCAAUGUCGAUACACAGACAGAAGUCCAAAGAUGCCGGCGAUGCUGCCGGUUUUGGCGACCGACUCUUCGAGGAGUCGAAGCAGAGACAGGAAAGGAAGCAGACGCGAGCUCUCCAGGCCCACAGCGAGGCUAAAGCAGCAGCGCAGCCAGGUGUGGGUGCGCCCGGUACGCCCACAUCUCCCCGUGGUGUUCUCCACCUCUACGAGGACGCAGCCAGAAGAGAAGAAUCGCUGAUGGAGAGGCGACGAAAGCUUCGGGAGGCUGCGAGCCAGGAGCUGCAAGCUCAAUCGGUCCGCGCACAAAUCGCAGCCCGCAGCCAAAGGUUGGGAAGGGAAGUCUCUGUCUCCUCGCAUCGAAGCGACGCCUCGUCCCGGCGCGCCCGGUCCCAGGAGCUCCAGGCGAGCCAGGGCCGCCCGCACUUUGCCCAACCUCGCCAUGAACAUCGGAGCCAUAGUGAGCCACGGCGCAGAGGCCGCGCAGACGACGUGCGAAGGCCAUGGAGAGAGGCGACGCUCGUCCGCGCCGCUGGUGCCAACAGGGAGAGGUCACCCUCACGAUCCUCACAUACUCUGCCCACGCCGCGCAGUCCGCGUGGCCGUGAGGCGAAACUAGAGAGCAGCGCCAGGACAGUGCGUGCGUCCAGAGAAGCAUCGAGGGGGAGAAGGGUCGCUGAGGGGGUGGGCGAUGCCUCAACGAGGAAGCCGCUGUCAGUCAAU